CUGUCAGGAAAAGGCGGGAAGAGCCCUCAGGCACCAAAAGCAGCGGGCGCGGCCCUUGGUCAGUCAGGACAGGUGGAAAAAGCCCUUGGCAGGUCAGGAAAGAGAAGUUGGACUGACCUUCACCAGCCUCAAUGGAGGAGCAUGGUCUGUGUUCCACUGAAACACCAGCUGGGAACAAGGCCAGCUUCAGGGAAUCAAGUCUGUCUGGUCAGGAAAGUCAUGUCCCCAGUUCUGAGGUUCUUGAAGCAAUAGAAAAUGUUAUCCAAGGUAUAUUUCAAAGCCUGGCUCAAAAUAAAGCACCUGUUCUCACAGUGGCUAACAGAACAGACUGGAGGAACAUCGAAUUUAAAGAUUCUGUAGGUCUACAGAUGAUACCAGGUUGUACUACAAAACAAAUAAGAAGUGACUGCCCUCAAUCUGCAAGAAGAUUUGCUUUGAUGCUCAAGAUAUUAUCAAUGAUCUAUAAGAUGGUGCAGAGCAACACUUAUGCAACUAAAAGAGAUAUAUAUUAUUCAGAUACUCUACUGUUUGGGAGCCAAAGUGUUGUGUCGGGAUUCUUCUCAGAGAUUUCUUGUUUUGUCUGUGCAGUAUAGUAACUUCCCAUUUACUCUGUACAACUUACUAUUUUUUUCCAGCUGUCUACAACUAAAGGUUUUGUUGCUGGUAAUUUAAGUUACACUGAGGAAGAUGGUACAAAAGUGAAUUGUACCUGCAGUGCAACAGCAGUCACGGUGCCAUCUAAUGUUCAAGGAAUUAAAAAUUUAACCUCACAUGCCAAAUUUAUAUUAAUUGUAGAAAAAGAUGCAACUUUCCAGAGACUCCUGGAUGAUGACUUCUUCAAUAAAGUGUCCCCAUGUAUCAUGAUCACGGGAAGAGGCAUACCAGAUCUUAAUACACGACUUUUGGUCAGGAAGCUAUGGGAUUGUUUUCAAAUUCCUAUUUUCACCCUUAUGGAUGCAGAUCCACAUGGUAUAGAAAUAAUGUGCAUCUACAAAUAUGGAUCUGUGUCAAUGUCCUUUGAGGCCCAUCAUCUCACCGUACCCUCUGUCAAGUGGCUUGGUCUCCUUCCAUCUGAUCUCGAGAGAUUAAACAUAUGCAAAGAUGCCUUGAUUCCAUUUACAAAGCAAGAUGAAAAUAAGUUAGCAAGUAUUCAAAAGAGACCUUACAUUGCUUGUCAGCCACUGUGGAAAAAAGAGCUGGAAAUUAUGGCAGCAUCUAAACUGAAGGCUGAAAUUCAAGUUUUAACUUCUCUCUCAUCAGAUUACCUGUCCAGAGUCUAUUUACCAAACAAACUGCAGUUUGGUGGAUGGCUAUGAAUGCUGCUCUGCAAAUGAAAUGUUUUUCUAUAUAUUGAUUUAAUUUGACUGCACUUAAGAAAAAAAAGUGCAGAGGCAAAGGAGUAUCUGUUAGUUUCUUGUUCGGUUUCUUUCUCUCUGUACCUGGAGUAAAAUUUUCUCUUUUUCUUUGUUCAAACUAUAAGAGUAAUUAUGAAUUUUGCAGAAUACUGCUGCUUCUAAUCUGUGGUUUCCGCUGUGAAACAGCGCCAAAUGCAAUAACACACAUAGAAAAGAUAAUUAAAUAUGUUCCUUCUGGCCAGAAAAAUGUGAAGUUUAAAAAUUUAUCCAGGAACUGUUUUGCCUUCUGUUUUAAAGCACAGCAUGAUGCUGUACCAAGCUUUUUAUAAUUGAGGGGAGUGAAAGAUUUGCUUAAGAAUCUAUUGUAUAUUCCUCUUUUUGGAAAUUAUUUGAGGUACAGAAUGUUCACUGUAAAUUCGGACCUAAAAGCCAGAAAUAAUUCCUUAUUAGUGCAUAUCUGAAGCAGCUAUUAAUCUUCCAGCAAUCAAAUUACUAUUUGUCUUCAAUGAACAAAUAAGAAAGCGGAUGUUACCGAUUAAGAAUUUAAUAAACAAUCCUGUUAAUAAUGCACAUCAUAACAGAAUCCCUUGUUCAUUAUAUUUAUUUAGCUGGCUGUUAAACAGUAAGGAGAGGCAGAAAGCUGAGGUGAUUAAAGUGUACAUUAAUUUUUAUGUGAGGUUGCCAGACUGUGUAGAAAAUACGUCCAAAAUUGAUCUCCACAGUCAUUAGCAUGGAUAUUAGAGACUAUAUUUUCAGUAGCUUUAUUUAGUUGGGGAUUUUUACGGCUGUUCCACCAGUAUUAAACUUGAAUAAAAC